AUGUUGUCCCGUAUUUCUUCUCGAGUCUCCCGCCUCAAUGUUGCGGCUCCUGUUCAGCUUGGAGCAAUACGGCAAAAGGGAACCUUCAAUUGGGAAGACCCUUUUGAUUUGCGUAGCCAACUUAAUGAAGAAGAGCGCACGCUGAUGGAUCAAACGAGAGAAUAUGCGGCAGCUAAACUGUUGCCACGUGUCACCGAGGCCUAUCGUCACGAGAAGUUUGAUAAAAGCUUGAUCCCUGAAAUGGGAAAGAUGGGACUUUUGGGUGCUCCUUACGAGGGAUAUGGAUGUGCUGGUACUACCACUGUCGGUUACGGAUUGAUUGCUAGAGAAGUCGAACGCGUUGAUUCCGGAUACCGAUCGACGAUGAGCGUUCAAACUUCACUCGUAAUUGGACCGAUUUAUAACUAUGGUUCAGAAGAACAACGAAAAAAGUACAUUCCUGCCUUAGCAGCUGGUGAAAAUAUUGGCUGUUUUGGUCUUACCGAGCCAAACCAUGGAUCAAAUCCAAAUGGUAUGGAAACACGAGCUCGAUGGGAUGAAAAGACGAAAACUUACAAAAUUACUGGCACAAAAACAUGGAUUUCAAACAGCCCAGUCGCCGAUAUUUGUAUUGUUUGGGCUAGAAGCGAUAGCAGCUCGAUCAAUCGUCUUCGAUUUAUUGCCAAGCAUGUUGCGUUCUUCGUCUUUUCA